ACACUAUAUACCUUCAUUUGGGCGUGCGAUGGGUGGCGUAUUACACCAUAAUUUCUCUUUUGCAAAAAUAGCCACUUUAACUUUCCUUUUGCUUACUCCACUUGUUUCUGCUUUUCGGAUAAAUCCCACUACAACACUCGGUGGUAGUGAGUCAGAUGUAAUUGAACGAGUUGUGACUCAAAGAAAACUGAGUGGACCGGGUUCAUCACCACCUACCUGCAGAUCCAAAUGUGGAUGGUGUUCCCCGUGUAAACCGGUUCGGGUUUCGGUUCAACCCGGUUUUAGUUUCACUUUAGAGUACUACCCCGAAGCGUGGAGGUGCAAGUGUGGAAAUAAUCUAUUCAUGCCUUAA